ACAAUGCCACGACAGUCAACUGCGAGCUGUACAUCAGGAGCUUCGGAUCCAUCGACCCAAACUCCAUGGACUACCAGGUGGACCUGUACCUGCGGCAGUCGUGGGUGGACGAGCGGCUCAACCACGACGACAUCAAGCAGCCGCUCGACCUCAACGACCCCAACCUCGUCAAGGCCAUCUGGAAGCCCGAGGUCUACUUCCCCAACGCCAAGCACGCCGAGUUCCAGUUCGUCACCGUGCCCAACGUCCUCGUCAGGAUCAACCCCAACGGAGAGAUCCUCUACAUGCUCAGGCUCUCUCUCUCUCUCUCUCUGCCUCUC